AUGGCAACAGACGUUUCCUCGAGUGGAUUUGCAAAAAUCUUAAAACAAAAAUGGCAUACCGAUUUGCUACUCAAGGCAGGAGACAGUAAUGGCUUUGCAGCUAUCUCAGCCCACAAACUUGUUAUUGCGGCAAGAUCUGAGGUAUUCAAGAAGAUGCUGGAAUCAAAAGCGACGAAAGCUUCAUCCGACCAAACGUUAAUUUUCUCAGAGAUGAGACACGAAGAGUUAGAGACUCUAGUUGAGUUCAUGUACAACGAUCACGGAUUAGUUUCUUCUUCAAAACUAAAGAAACAUGUUCGGUCGCUUUAUCUAGCAGCGCAAAGAUACGAGAUUCCUCAUUUAAGGGACUUGUGCAGAAACGAACUUAUAUCGUCUCUCAGUUCUUCCAAUGCACUUGACGUACUUGAGCUCUCGCAGGUUCCUUUGGACAAACCUCUCACCGAUGCUGUUUUGAGUUUUAUCGCAAGGAAUAUAAAUACAUUUUUGGAUUCUUGUGAGUUCAAGAUGUUUGUUGCCAGAAACCCAAAUCUUGCUGUAGAGAUAACUAAGGCUUUUCUGAAUCCGGUUAUGAUCCCAGUCGAAUAUGAGUCUGAUGACGAUGACUACUAA